CUCAAAACCAUAUUCAUACCCUCUCUCUGUCUCUCUUUCCCAGUGUCUGUGUCACUCGAAAUCCCUUUUAUUGUCUGCGUAUUACCUACUCUUCUUUAGCAGAUCAGCCUGUAUAAUGGCAAGCCAAUCCAAGAAGGAUCAAGAAACAAUCUACGACUUCACUGUUAAGGAUGCUAAAGGAAAUGAUGUAGAUCUUAGCAUUUACAAGGGAAAAGUCCUACUGAUCGUUAAUGUUGCUUCCAAAUGUGGAAUGACCAACUCCAACUACAAAGAACUGAAUCAGUUAUAUGAGAAGUACAAAGAUCAAGGCUUGGAGAUAUUAGCAUUUCCAUGCAAUCAAUUUGGUGAGGAGGAACCAGGAAGCAAUGAUCAGAUCUUAGACUUUGUCUGCAGUAGGUUCAAAUCAGAAUUUCCCGUCUUUGAUAAGAUUGAAGUGAAUGGAGACGAUGCUGCUCCUCUCUAUAGGUUCCUAAAAUCAGGAAAAUGGGGAAUCUUUGGAGACGAUAUUCAAUGGAACUUUGCAAAGUUCCUUGUUGAUAAGAAUGGGCAUGCUGUUGAUCGCUAUUAUCCCACAACUUCUCCUCUUACCAUUGAGAUAGAUGUCAAGAAGUUGUUGGGGGUCAUGUAAGUGCUGAGAUUUGAAGGCUAUAUGAGAUCAUAGUAAAUGUAAAGCAAGCCGAUGCUUGACUUGCCUUUGGUGUCUGGAUCUGUGCUGUUAUGUUUCAUGAAAGUUGUAACAAAUUAUACUAUACUCAAAAAUCUAAUUGCAGCAGUUGUUGAAAGUUGAAACUGCAGUUCCAAAUUCAAGUUUUUGUUGUGUGUAUAAUCAUGAGAUUUUGUUGAUACCCCUAAUGGCAGAAAUUGAUUUUCUCA